CACACACACACAUUUUCUCACACAGUCUCUCACAUUUUUCUGUCUCUCACAUUCUUUCUCUCUCUCUGUUCUCAGAUCAGUUCGGUUUGUGUUAAUGUGCGCAUCCUUUAUCCAGUUAAACAGUUUAAAAAUGUAAUUAUUCAAAUCCUGCAGCAUUUCCUCUUGAUUCGGGCUGCGGUAUCAUAGCAACAACACCCAAAAAUCACCAUAAGAGCGAGAGCCGAACCCGAACCUGAAGAAGGCGCAACUCUGCAGCCGCGAGCCGCCGGUGGAGGCGCGGGAAUAUUUCUGACUGAAAGAAGCGUCGCAUCAGCGAGAAAAUGUUUCAUUGUGACGAGAGAAAGUUUGCGUUUAAUCGCCUGAAUGCGCAUUUAUUCGUCAUAUUUCACGGAUGAUUAAUAAAACAUCAUCAUGAUCGCCACAGGAGGUCUACUGCGGAUAUCUGCCAGGAGACAGGACUCCCUUCACGCCAAAAACCGAGCAGAAAAUAAACGCAAGAGGAAAGCAAAGAAAAAGAGGAAGAAUGAAGUGGUCGUUGUUAAGGGCAAGCUGAAGUUAUGCUCAGUAUCUGGACUGGUCGCUGCCUUUGGCUUACUGGUGCUGCUGGUUGGCGUCUCCAUGGCUGUGUUGGGUUACUGGCCUAAAGAGAACCCGCUGUACUCAGAACCGCUGAUCGCCAAGAACACACCGAGAACUUAUGAUGGCGGAGAAGCAGAAUUCCUCAACGUCACCAUCAAUAGUAAGACUUCUUGGCAUCACCUAGACAAAGACACGAGAAGUUAUAAUCGCUCCAAUGGGACCGCUGACUUUGAUCCGCCUCAGUUUGGAGUGUUCGCCACGUUUAUAAAUAAACACUUGCAUUCAGACAAACUGAAAGUGUUUGGACCUUUGAUUAUGGGCAUCGGAAUCUUCCUGUUUAUUUGCGCUAAUGCCGUACUUCAUGAAAACAGAGACAAAAAGACAAAAAUCAUUAACCUCAGAGACAUCUACUCCACGGUCAUUGACAUUCACAGUUUGCGGAGCAAGGAAUCCGCCCCGAUUAACGGUUUCCUGAACUACCGUCAAUCGAAAGAGACCAAAUCGAGCCCUUCGUACUCCGCCGGCCCUCUCGCCAAAAGUUCCUGGCCAUCUCCGGGCUCGGGUAGACACGACGUGGGUAGCGUGAUUCCUACACGACGGCCGUCUAGCACAAUCCCACGGGUUUCAUCGUUGGAAAGGCAGAGUUUUACAGACACGGUGUACAGCAUCUACAGAGAUCAAAACCAAGUCGACGAGGUCGAACCCAAGAGGUGGGAAACCAGAACCAUCGUGUCGACGUCCGUCAACGCUUUCACUCUUCCCAUGAUGAAAGCCAACAAUCGAGGAAUGGCAGACAGGAGGGGGUCGGAUAAAACCGGAGAGGUUAAAAGAGAGCGUUUGGAUGCGGAGGCCAUCUGCAGACGUCUGGAGGAUCUGGUGGCAUCUCGGACCGUCACGAAGGCCAAAGUGGAGACUUCACCGACCCGUGCGCAGGACUCAGUGGAGGUUUACAGGAGCAGCGCUAGUUUACAGGGAGCUCUUCGUGUCGUCUCCCUGCAGGGCUCACAGGUUCAGCUGUUACCUCCGUCCUCACCGAGCCGCAGGGCCGCCGGAUCUCACGUGUCUCUGAGCGCGCUCUCCGAUUACUCCAGGUCUAUCGAUCUGGGGAUCUGUCCGUCCACACCGACGGAACGGCAGGCCAUACGAUCCAGACGUCUCAGCUGUCCUCGACUGGAGGGGCUCGGCGGCUGCGGAGGUUACACCAAACUGGAGGGUCUGGGAGGCGAGUCGUUCGAGUCCACAGAUAACGCCGUGUUUAGUCGCGCGAGCUCCGUCGAGGUUUUAGAGCUUCAGUCUGACCGAGAGGAGAUCACACCUGAUGAUCCAGAUCGCAGUGUAGUCAGGCAAUAUACCAACAAACAAAAACUUCUAAUGGUUUCUCAAUCAGAUGCAACUUUAGAGAAUAUGGACAGUGUGGAAAUAUAAGCAGAAUUGACUUCAGUGGAUCUGUAUGAAGACUUGAAUGGGUUUUAAAGGCAUUAUCUGUAGAUCAGAAGUGAUAGAUUGUGUUGGACUGUUGAAAACUCCUUCUUAAUGCUGUUUCCUCCAGGAUUACAAAGCAAAAACCUGAGCGACUCUGAUGGUAAGCAUGAUAGCGCAGCUAUGCUCUACUAGAUUCAAAUACUUCCCGUAGUCAAAUAUUUAUCUGUGAAGAUUGGCUGUCUGAGCGGCAUGUUUUUUAUUCUCAUCUACUUGCACUUUUUUUAAGCACCACAUCAUGAAUGAUUUUUAACAAAAGACUUGCACAGCAAUAUCUCAUUUGAAAUGUUGACUGGAAUGUUUGCGUUGUUCCUCAGAAAUGUUCCUGUGUAUGCUGUCGGUUUGUUUCUUGCUUUUUCUAGAGUAUGUCUUGUUUAGAGAUGUAAUGUUUUUGACUUCAAUCCAUCCAUUAGCACAAUGGUACUGUCUGAAACGUAAUGUCAAUGAAAAUAGAUUUGAAAUAUCAUGACAUGUUAGCAGAAAGUGUAUUUUAGGCUAAUUGAAUUAAAGAUAAAUCAAUUACGUC